UUUCAGGGUUUUUGUUAGCCACCAGAAUGCACUCCUUUAGCACUACCACCACCGACACAACCAAGACUCAAAAUGAAACAUCUGAAAAAAUCAGCGCUGAACAAAAUGACCAAACGCACAUUGAUAGUGGCUCAAAUCUCAUUAAAAAACCCGGAGGCUACAUGGAAGCAGAGGGUGAUAUAAACGGAAACACGUUGCCGGCCGAUGGUGUUCCUCGUUGGGGUCCUCAGCAUGCAGGGGCUCAACAGUUAGCUGGCAUGUAUUCAGACACUAAAAGACUUCAAGAAACUAUCGCAACAUACACUGCCGCAAUUAUUGGCGCUAUUACAGCUGCGCUUAUUUUAUCCAAUGUGCGAUAUCAGUUUUUGCCUUAUAUGCUCAUUGGUUUCGUUUUGGCCGGUCUUGUUGCUGAUUUUUUCUCGGGUCUUGUUCAUUGGGCAGCUGACAGCUGGGGUUCUGUUGAUCUACCAAUCAUUGGAAAGGGUCUGCUUCGUCCGUUCCGCGAGCAUCACAUUGAUCCGACUUCAAUAACCAGACACGACUUCAUCGAGACUAGUGGGGAUCUUUGCGCUGUUGCAGUGCCCCUCUUUACAAUCAUCUCCUACUGCCAGAUCCAGUAUACAGAUCUGUCUAUCUUUGGACUGGCUCCACCGAGUGUAGAAGAACAGACUCAUCGCGAAUACGGGACCUCAUUUUUCCUAUUUGUCCUAGCUAUUCUCGUCGUAUGCACGAACGAGAUCCACAAAUGGUCCCACACGUACUUCGGACUGCCGAAGUGGAUAGAGUUUCUUCAGUGGGCCCAUCUUGUUGUGCCGAAGAAGCAACACCGACUGCACCACAUCUCCCCCCACGACACCCACUUUUGUAUCACAACGGGGUGGUUAAACUACCCCCUUCAUUGGAUCGGGUUCUGGCCAAAAUUGGAGUACGUCAUCACAGCGAUCACUGGAGUGGAACCGAGGACAGAUGACUUGAAAUGGGCGUCCAAGGUCACCAUUCGAUAGAAGGAUCAGACCUCUAAUUUAUGACGCCAAAAUUUAAAAAAAUUGUCAAGAUUUUGAACGCCAAAUGAAUUAAUAGUAUUUGAAGUUCUCAAACUCUCAGUAUACAUGCUGGAAAUUUCGCCUAAUUUUGGGGAAACUGAUUUUCAUCAAUAUUUGAUUUCGGCGUUCAAUAUCUUUGCAACAUUUUUUUUGAUCUGUAGUUUUUGUGACAAGUAAAUGCAGUCAAAUUUCCAAGAAACUCAUUUUUCUAGACCGUUUCGUGAAAUUUUAAAUUGAAACUAUCAUAUAAGAUUUUGUCACAAAAAUUGGUCACUAAAUAACGAGGGCUAAAACCGAAACGAGACUUAUUAUACAUAUACAUUCUCCAAUUGUUUUUCAUCUGCAGAAACAAUUAAAACUAACCCCAUUUUCCAUCGCUAACCAAACAUGAUCAUUUUAUUGCUAAUUAGGUUAUAUGACUGACCUUUUUGAUUGAAUUUUUCUGCAAUUUUUACUGUGAGUACAUGUUUAAAUGGAUUUUAGUUAAGUUUGGUCGGUCAUAUUUUUCCUUCUCUUGGAAAUACUCUUUCUUUCUAUAAAGACUCAGCCAAAAUUUAAGGUCAUUUACUUUUACUGUAAUACACAGGCAUUUAGCGAAGUGGCAAAAAUUUGUACCAAAGUCUGCUAUUCUGUUCUAAAUGAUCAAGUAUGUUUAUUUACUGUCGUGGUUUGACCUAUGGUCUAGUUGCCCUGAACUAUCUAAUAAUAUCAGCAAUUUGAACUAAAAUUACAAUCUUAGAUAUUUUUAGUAAAAUUACGCCCGUGGAAAUCUUUGGGCGAUUCCAAUAGUAAACAGCAACGAGGUAAAAAGUCCACGCCUUUGACAAGAAGUUUCAUAAUCCGUUUAAUGACUUAUGAUUCGAGCAUUAUACAUGAUGAUGCCCUUAUCAGAUCUAUAAGAUACAUGCACAAGUAUUAAUGCAGUUUGGAUGCUCGUUAUAUGAGGUGCUUUUGAAGUCAUUAGUAUUCUCCAGUUCAGUCAGAAAGUUAAUGAAA